AUGCCUCAUCCCCAAGACAAGACAAAUUCCUCGGCUUUGACUCGUCCUCGCUGUGAUCAACUGCCGUUGCAGCCGCAUCACCCCAAGGGAUCCGCGUGGGGCCUUCGGGGUGCCGACGAUGAACGCGGGACCCUCAACCUCCUGACGGAGGAUGUAGCUCACACCGCCGGAAGCGAAGUCUCUCAGGGGAGAGCCGUUAAUCUCAGUCACUGGGACGGGCUACGGCAUUAUCCGUACUCAGAUUCAAAGCUCUUCUAUAACGGCGUCACGCAAGAUGACAUUUCCGGGUGCAAAGCAAAUACAAAGAUCGGUGUUAAGAACAUCGCAAUAGAGCCAAUAGUAACCCGCGGUAUCCUACUGGAUUGGUAUUCAUAUGCACAACGCGAGGGACUCGCCUGCAGUCCAUUCACAAACCAGGCAAUUCCACUAUCCCAUCUUCUGCAGAUCGCCCAUGAGGCUGGCGUGACAUUCCGCCAGGGCGAUGUCCUGCUUAUCCGCUCUGGGUGGACCGCCGCCUACCAGCAGCUGUCUGACGACGAGAAGGAGCAGCUCGGCGGGCGCGAUGACCGCGCCUCAUGUGGCGUGGAAGCCACGGAAGAAAGUAUCCAGUGGCAUUGGGAGCAGGGUUUUGCUGCGGUUGCCAGCGACACGGUGACCUACGAGGCAUGGCCAUCGCCCAAAUCGUGGGGUGUAAGCAUGCACGAAUGCUGGGACUUGGAAGAACUUAGUCGCACCUGUCAGGCGUUGGGCCGCUGGACGUUCAUGUUGACGAGUCAACCGUUGCAUGUACCGGGUGGUGUGGCCAGUCCGGCUAAUGCAAUGGCUAUUUUCUAG